CCUAAGUCAACAAAACAGUAUGCGACAUCCACAAAAAGUCGUCUUCGAGCUCUGUAGACGAUUCGAAGGAAAUGGAGACAUCAGCAUCGAACUCGUUCGCGAAGCCUGCAAUCGUUGAAAAUGACAAGGAUGUGGAAGCAGGUUUGCCGCGAGAGAGAGUUAACGAUGCGAAUCCGCAACCAAACUCCAUGGACCCAAAUAUUGUGGAUUGGGAUGGACCUGACGACCCGGAAAAUCCUCUAAACUGGACGAACAAGAAGAAAUGGGCGAAUGGUGCUCUGCUCGCUGCCAUGACAUUUGUUACACCUUUGGCGUCUUCUAUGUUUGCUCCUGGAGUUGAAGAUGUCUUGAAAGAAUUUCACAGCACUUCUACGCUUCUAGGAUCCUUGGUUGUUUCAGUAUACAUCCUAGGCUACGCCGCAGGCCCCCUAGCCAUAGCUCCCUGCUCCGAAAUGUACGGCCGACUCAUAGUCUAUCAUGUGUCCAAUACCCUCUUCGUUAUCUUCACCAUCGCCUGCGCCGUAAGCUCCAGCCUUAAUAUGCUGAUCGGCUUCCGACUUCUGGCUGGCAUUACAGGUUCGACUGUCAUAACGAUUGGGGGUGGUACGUUCGGGGAUAUGUUCAGCGCGAAGGAGAGAGGCGCUGCGCUCUCCAUCUGGGCUAUGGGUCCUUUGCUUGGGCCUGUGGUUGGUCCCGUGGCAGGAGGGUUUCUGGCAGAAGCUAAGGGGUGGAGAUGGGUAUUUUGGGUUAUUGCUAUUGUGGCAGGUGCACUGACCAUUACAAUGCUCCUCUUUCUCAGAGAAACAUACUCAGUCAGACUCCUCGAACUCAAAACCCGGCGAUUGAGAAAACGGACCGGUAACAAGCUGCUCAAAUCAAAACACGACAAAGGCAUGACACCAAAACGUCUCUUCCAGAGAUCAAUAACCCUACCACUCAGAAUGCUCUUCUUCUCGCCCAUCGUCCUCUUAUUUUCCUUCUACAUGGCCGUCAUAUACGGAUAUCUAUAUCUUUUAUUUACCACUAUCACCGGAGUCUUCGAAGGCGAGUACGGCUUCUCUGACGGUAUCGUCGGGUUAACCUAUCUCGGGAUCGGAAUCGGUAUGCUCCUCGGCCUAGUGAUAUUCGGAAUCGUGGCCAAAGCGACGGUAAAGAGACUUGAAGCAAAGAAAGGGGAAUUAAAACCAGAAUCACGAUUACCGAUCAUGAUUCCAGGCACGUUGUGCAUCCCGGUGGGAUUACUCAUCUACGGUUGGACGGCUGAGUACCAUGUUUUCUGGCUGGUGCCGAUUAUUGGGACUCUGUUCGUUGGGUUUGGACUCAUUACCACUUUUAUGCCAAUCUCUACGUACCUGAUUGACGCGUUCACCAUUUACUCGGCAUCUGCGCUGGCGGCGAAUACGGUGCUGAGAUCUCUGCUUGGAGCUCUAUUGCCAUUGGCGGGUCCGUCAAUGUACUCACGUCUGGGUUUGGGGUGGGGGAACUCGUUGUUGGCGUUCAUUGCCCUGGCGAUGUCUCCACUGCCAGUCCUGUUUUGGAAGUAUGGAGAGCGGGUUAGGACGAACCCCAGAUUUCAGAUCAAGCUUUGAUGAUGGCCAUUUGAGGCUACAUGAUGGAAGCUGGAUGAUUUAAAUCAUGACAUAGAGCUCGUGUGUAAUGCAGGUAAUCAAUAC